GCAAAACAUAAUCUAUGACCAAAGUGAGAACUAUAAUUGUGACAGAGUGACAAUUUGUUGCAACUCUAUUUCUUGUUAAGGGUCUAAUAGAUAUGCUUCCCCACCAGUAAAUCAGAUGACUCUCAAAGGUUUGGUAUCACUUGUCAUUAAUUUAAUUGGCUUAGCUGAGGGAACAAGGAACAAUGAUGCCCCUUUACCUUCUUACAUGCUAUCCAGCCAUAUAGAAAGUAACAAGCAACAAUCAUCUGAAUCUACAUCAGCAUCAGCAUCCAAUUUUAAUGAGGAUAGUUGGUGUUGUGUGUGCUUGUCAAGGUUAAAGGCCAAAGAUGAAAUCCGUGUCCUUCCUUGCUCGCACAAAUUCCAUAAGAGUUGUGUAAAUAGAUGGCUUAAGGGUCGCCACAAAACGUGUCCACUCUGCCGUUUCUCGAUGGGAGCCGAGGAGAAGUCUCAUCGUGCAGAAAUGUUCACUGAAGAGAUGUUAAUAUGGUUUUCUUCUUUCCAUGUAGCUGGUAUGUAAUGAUCCAAGUUUCACCAUGGAAUCUAUAUGUAGUUUUCUCCAAGCAGAGCCUUGCUUUGCUUCCAAGUUUUGUUUAUGCAAGGCUUGUGAAUCUGAUUUCAUGCAAGCUUAAUCGAAUUGUUAUGGCUUAUCAUGCCUGCUCUAUAUGAAUGAAAAUGACCAAGUUCAUAAGGGGAAAUGAUUUACAUUCCACCUUUCUUUUACCUUAUUGGGGGAUCGAUUCUCUUCAAUUUACUAUGUCUUAUGUACAUAGAAGAGAAUCUACCCCCCCAAUAUUUGAUAAUGAAUUACAUUAUAGGCAAUAAUAAGUUAAUACUCAAUA